GAAGGUCAGGGAUGAGAUUGGCACAAGUUGUGUGGGAGUGACAGACACCUAAACCAGAGGUGCACUGCAAAGAAAGGGCAGAAGGCGGCAGCAUGCAAAGCGACAACACAGAUCCUGACAAUCUAUUCAUUUUUUAUGCUGUGUACCCUCACUUUGCUUGCUGGAUAUGCUGGAAACUACACAUAAACAGCUCUUCACCGCCUCUCUUACCUGGGCCUUUCAGCAGCAGGCAACACCACCCAAGUACCAGUACCGCGACCCGGUGACUUCAGACCUCCUCCUGUGCGACCAGUGUCCUCCGGGCACGGCCGUGACGCGACACUGCACCGCUGACAUCCCAACAGAGUGCCAAGACUGCCCUGAGAGGCACUUUGCUGACAACUGGCACUGGGGGAACUCAUGUCAAUACUGCACCUUGGUGUGCAAAGAGAGACAGCUGGUGAAGCAGGAGUGCAAUAGCACUCAUGACAGAGUGUGUGAAUGCGCUGCAGGUUUCCACCUAGUGGUCGAGUUUUGCAUCACACACAGCUCCUGCCCACCUGGUUAUGGAGUGGCAGCCUUAGGUACACCGGUGAGCGACACUGUGUGCAAGCCAUGUCCUGCUGGUCAUUUUUCCAGCAGCCCCUCUUCGACAGAGCAAUGUCGACCUCACAGAAACUGCACAGAUGUGGGCAUGAAGAGAUUGAGAAAGGGAACGUCCACUUCAGACAGCAUUUGUGGGAGCCAGGACCAAAUUAUGGCAAUUGAUUGUGCUCAUCAACACACAUUGUGUCACACAGAUGUGUUCUUGUGUGAGGAGGCAGUUUUCCAGUCACUAGCCUCACUGCAGCUGUCCUCUGUGCCCCUGGAACGUUUGUUGGAGAGCCUGCCGGGUCGGAGGGUGGAUCGCAAGAACGUGGAGAGGUUGAAAAAGUCCUGUUUGCCACAGCAACAGGUCCUCCAACUGCUACGACUAUGGAGGCAACAGAACAAGGACCAAGAUAAGCAGUAUGGCAUAAUAAAAGGUGUGAACCACUGUGAGCGCAAAAUCUCCCGCUGCAACAGCCUGAAGAACCUGACAUUGGACGACCUCUUGGAGGUCACCAACAGUUUGCCAGGGGUUCAUGUUCAUCGGGAGGUUGUGUCAGCGGUGUUCGCGACUUGCCUUCCCAAGCAGUACAUCCUCCAGCUUCUCCACCUGUGGAAGAUCGCCAACUUUGACCUCGAUCUAGUCAAAGGUCUUUCUCACAGUCUGAGGGUACUGCGCAGCAAAGGGGCACCACGUUAUCUUCUAAAAGGCCUGAAGAAGAUUAACCGCAUCAUCGGCUACUCCUCCACUCGCAAGAUGUAUGAAAAGAUGUUUGUUAAUAUGCUUCAAGAUGAACUGUGUUUUAAAACUCUUAAGCCGUUCAACGAAUAAGAGCAACUACUUUUUAGGGAUGGGCACAUGACUAAAUCUUAAUUGGCUUUGCGGACAUUUUAUGCUCAAUUACAUUUAAUGUUAUGAGAUAAUGUCUCUCCGACUGUUCUGAACGCUAGUUUCAAUGCCUGUGUUGUAUUCAGCAGAAUUAGACUUGUACAAUGGCAACGGUCUACAUGCUACAGUGCUUCAGCAGCGCCUCUGGUUGUUGUAGCUGGGUACUGCACUCCAUUUUGCCUCAAUAGCUUCCAGUCAUGAUUCAUCAACAAUGAAUUCCACAGAACUGCCCAUCCCUCGCUUUUGUUCAUACUAAACUUCAAGGGAGAAUAACACUCAAGUUGGAAUAGAUGCACUCCGAUACCGUAGACAUUUACUGGCCAAAACAUUAGGUACACUUGAAACAUCAAAUGAGGUCGAGUACAUGGUGUAAAAUGAACGUUACAUUUGUGUAUUUCUGAUACAUCUCUUGUAUUGUUAUUAUGAUGUUGACAAAAGUCUAUUGUGCAGAUGCACCUAAAGUUGUAGAUUUAUGUGGAACAGAUACAGAUCUAUACACAUAAAGAACAUCCCUUACUUCAAUAAGCGGAACAUUCUGAAACAAAGGCAUGUUAUUCAGUAAUUAACCAGAUGAUUUUGAUUUUAAAAAAUAGUAAUUACAUUUUUGUGUCCUCCAGGCAGAGUAAUCUUUGGAAAAUAUUUCAUGGGAACUUUUUUGAGUCUGUGAAAAGUAAUAAACAAAACUAUUUAAGAUGUAAAUAGCACACUUUUAUGGAAAAUGGGCAAGCAAAUGUGUUAUUUUUAUUACUUUCUCACUAUUUGAGAGGAAGGAUUUGGUUUCAUUAUGAAAUCCAGGUAUGAGCUAUAUAAUUGUGUCUUGUUUUGUUGGUUUUGUCCACGACUGCUGGCAAGUAAAGUUCAUAGGAAUUUAGUGUUGUUAUUGUCAGCUUUCUGAAUGUAAAAUUGUGUUUCUAUUUAAAAGGGACUUUAACUUUCCAUUCUUUGUAAAGGCUUGCUUUUAUUGCUUUUUAAGAAAAACUGGAUCUUACAUGCUGCAAAAUCUUGAAGGGAGAUGUGUUUUAUAUACGUAUGUUUUUCUAUCAUUUUAUACAAAGAAGUGUCGGUUUCUUUAUUGUAUAUAUGCCUCGGGUAACACUAAUGUCUAAUGGUGUGUAC